GCCCCCGGUGUGGGCCGGUCCUGGGUGGGGUGAACCGUCUGGAGACCUACGCGCUCCGGCUCCUUUUGAACCAGGACAUCAUGGCUACUGCAGCAAGCCGUUACUACAGCGAAGACGGCAGGGCAACAAAGAGGCAGAAAACCGACGGAAUGGCCACUGGGUAUGAGGAUCCACACAAGCCUCUCCCUUCUCUGGUGGUGCACGUACGAGGACUGGUGGAUGGUGUUACCGAAGCAGAUUUGGUGGAGGCGCUGCAAGAAUUCGGCACCAUAAGCUAUGUUGUUGUGAUGCCUAAGAAGCGCCAAGCUUUGGUGGAAUAUGAGGACAUGAAUGGAUCAUCCACAGCUGUAACAUAUGCUGCUGACAACCAAGUUUACAUUGCGGGCCAUCCGGCUUUCAUUAACUAUUCCACUAGUCAGAAGAUCUCCAGGCCUGGGGACUCAGAUGACUCUCGCAGUGUCAACAAUGUUCUCCUUUUUACCAUCAUGAACCCAAUUUACCCGAUCACUACAGAUGUUCUCUACACCAUCUGCAACAACUGUGGCCCAGUUCAAAGAAUUGUUAUAUUUCGGAAGAAUGGAGUCCAGGCCAUGGUUGAAUUUGAUUCUGUGCAAAACGCCCAACGUGCCAAGGCAUCUCUCAACGGCGCAGAUAUCUACUCAGGCUGUUGCACUCUCAAGAUUGAGUAUGCCAAGCCUACUCGUCUGAAUGUGUUUAAGAAUGAUCAAGACACUUGGGACUACACAAACCCUAAUUUGGGCGGACCAGAUGACUCAAAUGCCAAUCCAAACAAGCGUCAGAGGCAGCCAGCACUUCUGGGAGACCACCCCCCAGAGUAUGGAGGAGGAUAUCAUGGUUACGAUGAAGGCUAUGGAUCACAACCUUAUGAGGGCCGGCGCAUGGGCCCUCCAAUGAGAGGUCGAGGAGGAAGGGCAUAUGGACCCAACUAUGGGCCCCCGCCCCCUCCCCCAGGAGAGUAUGGGGCCCAUGCUGAUUCUUCUGUGGUCAUAGUCUAUGGGCUCGAGCCAACCAAAAUAAAUGCAGACAGGGUCUUCAACAUUUUUUGCCUUUAUGGCAAUGUUGAGCGGGUGAAAUUUAUGAAAAGUAAGCCUGGUGCAGCUAUGGUUGAAAUGGGGGAUUGCUUUGCUGUGGACCGUGCUUUAAGUCAUCUCAACAACACUUUCCUUUUUGGACAAAAGUUAAAUGUGUGUGUGUCCAAGCAGCAGGCCAUUGUGCCCGGACAAUGCUACGAAUUGGAAGAUGGAACAAGCAGUUACAAGGAUUUCCACGGCACAAGAAAUAAUCGCUUCACCUCUCCAGAACAAGCAGCUAAAAACCGCAUUCAGCAUCCCACCAAUGUCUUACACUUCUUUAAUGCUCCACCAGAUGUCACUGUAGAGGUUUUCACACAGAUGUGUGAGGAAGUCGGUGUGAAGAAUCCUGCGGAUGUUAAAAUGUUCACUGGAAAAAGUGGUGCUGCCCCAAGUGACCGGAGCGCUUCAGGCCUGCUGGAGUGGGAGUCUAUCAACGAUGCUAUGGAAGCAUUAGCUAUGCUGAACCACUAUCAGAUGAAGAAUUCAGCUGGACCUUACCCAUACACCCUGAAGUUGUGCUUCUCCACUGUGCAGCAUGCAAACUAAAGCAGAAUGAAGUCCUGUUUGGAAGAGAGAUUUUCACAUGUUUAGAGGAUGUACAUCAUGUCUUGUAACAUACUUUUUUACUGAUUUAGUUUUGCAUUUUAUUUUCUGCUUGUUGGGCUCCUCCGUGUCCCUUGAUUGGCUUGUUCUGUGUUUUUUUGUUAUUUUUUCAGUUUUAUUGCAUUAAACAAGGUGGAUUCAUAUUCACCAUCCUUACAGGCCAUAAUGAGUAGGUUUACAUGGGUUGGUUUUAAUAUGUUAGUAAAUAGAUGGUUGGCAGUGCCAAUGUUUUACUCCAUUGUUUAACAACCUGUGGAAUGAAAACAUUAGCAAUGGUGACCCUAUGAACCCGGAGAAGACUGAACUGCAUCCUUGAUUUUAAUUUCAAUUCUGCCAUCUACUUUAAUAGGUUUUAGUCAAUCAAAGGCAUGACAUUAAGUGGUUAAAAUAAAAUUUGUGGAUGUUUUAUUUGAGUUUCCAGUUGAGCAGAAGUUCUGUAUGUUCAGCAGAUAGUUCAGUAUUUGUUCGACUCUAUUUUAUAUUCUAAAACAAACGUAUGCAGUGUAUGUGAAUGAGUGAAAUAAACCCAUGCAGACCCACUGAGAA